AUGAAGCUCUCCUCAGUUGCUGCCGCCGCCGGUCCGUUGCUGGCCAGGACCACCGUCGACUACAAUUCGGCGCCGCCCAACCUGUCAUCGCUGUCCAAUGGCAGCCUGUACGACACCUGGAGGCCUCGUGCCCAUGUGCUCCCCCCCAACGGAAAAGUCGGUGACGCUGCUGCCGGAUACACGGAUCCGUCAACGGGGCUCUUCCACGUGGGCUACCUGUACAGCAAUGGCACGUCCGGCGCCACCACGGGUGACUUGGUGACCUACAAGGACCUCAACCCUGACGGGCAGCCCUUCAUCACCGCCGGCGGCCUCAACGACCCCCUGGCUGUAUUCGACGGCUGCGUGAUCCCCGAGGGUCUGGGCGGACUGCCUACCCUGUUCUACACGUCCGUCAAGUUCCUACCCAUCCACUGGACCAUCAACUACACGCGCGGCAGCGAGACCCAGUCCCUGGCAGUCUCGUCCGACGGUGGCCGCAACUUUGACCGGGUGCCUUCGGGACCGGUGAUCUCCGACCCCCCCUUCGGACUGAACGUCACCGGCUUCCGCGACCCGUACGUGUUCAAGAGCAGCAGGCUGGACGAUGUCACCAACACGACCACGCCCGACUCUUGGUACACCGUCAUCUCGGGCGGUGUGCACGACCAAGGUCCGGCCCUGUUCCUGUACCGCCAGACCGACCCGGAAUUCCAGUACUGGGACUACCUCGGCGAAUGGUGGCACGAGGCCAGCAACUCCACCUGGAACGAGGAGAUUCCCUGGGCCGGCCGCUGGGGCUACAACUUUGAGGUGGCCAACAUCUUUGGCCUGGAUAGCAACGGUUUCAACUCGAAGGACGGUGACAUAUUCGUCACGCUCGGUGCCGAAGGUACGCAGGCGCCCAUCCAGGAGCAGGUGUCCCAGAUACGUUCCCAGCUGUGGGCCACGGGCGACAUUUCGCUGGACGAGGCCACCGGCAAACCCGUGUUCACGCCCACCGCCGCUGGCUAUCUCGAUGCCGGGCUCUCGUCGUAUGCGGCUGCCGGCAAGGAUCUGCCGGCUUCGUCGGUCGCGUCCAAGAAGAGCGGGACGGUACACGACCGCUUCAUCUCGUACAUCUGGCUGACGGGCGAUGACUUUGGAAAUGCCGUCGACUUCCCCAGCGCGCAACAGAACUGGACGGGCACGCUGCUGCUGCCGCGCGAGCUGAGCGUCGGCCACAUCACCAAUGUUGUCGACAACGAGCUGUCCCGUGCCAAGAACACCACGUGGACGGUCAGCUCGGAGGGCAAGAACGGCCUCCUCGAGCUCUCGACGUUGGGCCAGCAGAUUGCUCGCGAGCCGCUGGCCGCACUCACGUCGCCCAACACGACCAAGCAUGUGACCGAGCCCGGCCGCACGGUCGAGAAGUCGGACGUCAUCCCGUUCGCCAACCCCCCCGCCUCCAAGUACUACGUUCUGUCCGCCAACCUCACCUUCCCCUCGUCUGCCCGCGACACCGACCUCAAGGCCGGCUUCCAGAUCCUCGCCUCGGACAAGGAAUCGACCACCAUCUACUACACCUUCGGCAACGAGUCCAUCAGCAUCGAUCGUAGCAACACCAGCGCUGCAGCCCUUCCUACGGGAGGCAUCUCCACCGCGACCGAGUCAGGUUACCUGCGUCUCUUCGACGUCAUCCCGAACGGCGCCAAGGAGCAGCAGGUCGAGACGCUGAGACUCACCGUCGUCGUGGACGGCGGUGUGCUUGAGGUGCACGCCAAUGAGCGAUUUGGCCUGAGCACCUGGGCCCGCUCAUGGUACGCCAACUCGACCGACAUCCGUUUCUUCCAGGACGGAUCCGGCUCGGUGACCUUCAGCGACGUCGAGGUCUACGAGGGCCUCUAUGAUGCUUGGCCCGACCGCAAGGCAUAA